UGAAGCCAGUGCUCACCUUCUUCGGAUUCCUGGUAACGAUGAGCCUGUGCCAGGGAUCUCGACCUUCCUUGAACGAUAUCUCAGGGAUGCUGUCGGCGCCGUCCCUUCUGAGCAGUGUUGAUGAAGCCAAGCGGCUGGUGGAUGCAGCGUAUAAGUACACCCGGAACCGUUUAAAAGAGAAACUGAGGAACGAAGCCUUCACCCCUGCAGAUAUCCUGGAAUAUAUCAAGCAGCCAGUGGGGGGAACCAGGGCCAUGAUCCGAGCUGCCGAUUACAUGGAAACCACCCUGAACCUGCUGAAGAAGAAGUUGCAGUGGACUGUGAAGGGGAAGUUUAAUGUCACAGACGUGCUGAGCCCAGCUCAGCUGGAAUUGAUUUCCAAGGCUACCGGAUGUGCCCAGCAAAAUAUAAAUAUACCAUGCGAUGAAACAAACCCGUACCGAACGAUCACGGGUGAAUGCAACAACAGGAGAAGCCCUACCUUAGGGGCUUCAAACAGAGCCUAUAGCCGAUGGCUGCCUCAGGAGUAUGAGGAUGGGGUUUCAAUCCCUCGUGGCUGGACGGAAGAAGUCCGUUAUUCUGGAUUUCCUCUCCCAUUGGUCCGAGCAGUUUCAAACCAGAUUGUGCGCUUUCCCACCGAUCAGCUCGUCUUGGAUAGGGCCAGGUCGCUCAUCUUCAUGCAGUGGGGCCAGUUUAUUGACCAUGACAUGGACUUUGGCCCUGCGACUCCAGCAACAGUCUCCUUCAGCAGCAGAGUGGACUGUGAGAUCAGCUGUGCCAAAGAACCACCUUGCUUCCCCAUCAAGAUUCCACCCAAUGAUCCACGAAUUAAAGACCCAAGUGACUGCAUUCCAUUCACCCGCUCAGCCCCUGCGUGCACCAUGGGCAGAGAGAUUCGAAACCAGAUGAAUGCACUCACAGCCUUCCUCGAUGGCAGCAUGGUGUACGGCAGUGAAGAACCGUUGGCUAAGAAACUAAGGAAUAAUGACAACCAGCUGGGCUUGAUGGCUGUUAACCAGCAAUUUACUGACAAGGGAUUGGAAUUACUGCCAUUUGGUAACUUGGAGAAAGACCCCUGUCUCCUCACCAACAAAACAGCUCAAAUCCGAUGUUUUAUUGCAGGUGACACUCGAGCCAAUGAAAUGCUAGAGCUGACAUCUAUGCACACACUCUUUCUGCGGGAACACAAUCGCUUGGCCAGAGAGCUGAAGAGAUUAAAUCCACAGUGGGAUGGAGAGAAGCUCUACCAGGAGGCCCGGAAGAUCAUAGGUGCCACGAUCCAGAUAAUAACCUUCAGAGACUACUUGCCCCUCCUGCUGGGAAAUACCUUCUGGUCAGCGAUUCCUUCCUACCGGCAGUACAAUGACUCUGUGGAUCCCCGAAUAUCCAGCAUCUUCACCAUCGCUUUCCGCUUUGCUCAUGCUUCAAUUCAGCCCUUUGUGUUCCGCUUGGAUGAUCGCUACCAGCCUCUAGGCCCCCCAAGCCUCCUCAGCAAAGAAUUCUUUGCUACAUGGAAAAUAGUGACACAAGGUGGCAUUGACCCUGUUCUCCGUGGCUUGAUGGCUAAUCAGGCCAAACUGAUGACACAGAAGCAAAUGGUUGUGGAUGAACUCCGGGAUCGGCUGUUUGAACAGGUCAUGAGGAUUGGACUGGAUUUAGCGUCACUUAACAUGCAGCGCGGCAGAGAUAAAGGGCUCCCAGGGUAUAACGCCUGGAGGCAGUUUUGUGGGCUCUCACAGCCUCGCAACUUAGUUGAACUCUCUGCAGUGCUGAGAAAUGGUGAGCUGGCCAGGAAGUUCAUGGACCUGUACGGGACACCAGACAAUAUCGACAUCUGGAUUGGGGCACUCGCGGAGCCGUUUGUUCCAAAUGGCAGAGUUGGGCCCACCAUGGCUUGCAUCAUUGGAUCUCAGUUCAGGAAAUUACGAGAUGGGGACAGAUUCUGGUGGGAGAACACCGGGAUUUUCACUGCCCAGCAGCGAGGCGCCCUGAGACGGAUCAGCUUGCCACGUAUAAUCUGUGAUAACACCCACAUUACUGAGGUUCCUAGGAAUAUUUUCCAAGCCAGUAGAUAUCCCAGAAACUUUGUGAACUGCAAUCAGAUACAGAAGCUGAACCUCUCGGCUUGGAAAUCAAAGUGUGAUGGGGAAGAAGAAGCAUCUGGUGACUACUAAUGAUGGAAGCUGAAGUUCCCCUGGAGGGCUGGAUUCAGGAUGCUGCCCGCAAGGAUUCUUUACCACAUUCAGUCCAAUGCUUUUACUGCCUGGAAUACACGGCAUAAGUGCUAUCGUUUGGCUUGAUUUUGUCUUGCAUGAGGCCUUUUCAGUGAGAUGCAACCAAAUUAAAGUGAGCAUUGUUAAAAGACAUUCCAGUGCAAUAUAUUAAAUGUUCUAAAGAUGACAUUACAAAGCAGAGAAUGACACUAAAAUGAGUUUUCAAAAUGACAACAGAAUAAUUCACAAUCAGCCAGGAAGCUGCCCUCUUAUGAAAUUCACACAAAUUUGGCCUAAAUCAGCUUCGUUUUAAGAGCCAUUUCUUUCUGUCUGAUUUUCCAUAAUGAUAUGGGUCUCUGUUGGGAGAUGGUGUUGUAGGACAAAGGCAGUCCAACUGAUGCACUAGAAUUUCUCUGAAAUGAACUUUUAACAUAUCUCUUAUUUACUAAAAAUCUGUUUUGCUCUCUGAGUUAUUAUAACAAAUCACUAGAAUUUUUCCUUUAAAAGAAACAAAGUUUGCUGAUUUUCCAGGAGUGCCUUUGAAUGAGACGGUCAUGAUUGUCAGCCAUAUGAUGCCACUUAAUUAUUGUUCUUUGGUUUCUUUAUAAUAAAAAAGCUUCUCUUGCAGUUUUUCCUGGAAUGGUGAGUCAGCAAAUUGUCUCUACUGAAGAAAUAAGACAUUAACUCAUUAAUUCCAGACUGUGGAACAUUCCAUGGUAGUCACAGAAGAAGGAUGUGCCACUAGUGUUGGCACCAUAUGUGAAAGGCAAUUGGCACAGCAGACCCAGUUCUCUGGGCUGGGGAAGAAGCACUUGGCAUGAGGCUUUGCAUCCUAAACCUGGGUGAUGGGACCAGCCCUGGUGCUAAUUAGAGCAGCUGGAAGAUAAUGACCAAUGGGGUGCAGGGAUGACUUAACUAUGCUUCCUUUCCCCUGGCUCCAGCCCCAUCUGGCAGCUGAGGUGUAGGAGACAUUACACAAGCUCUGUGCCACCGUAGGAUUCCCUUGGGCAGGGGGAAUCCACCAGCAUUGAUAAUUGUUUAGCUCUCUGGGACAGGGGCCACUGGCAUUAGAGUUGCUUUGCCCAGCUAAAGUGGCUAGAAUUGUGCAGAGUAGCCCUACGUGUGGGUGAUUUGGUGCCUAGCCAGUGUGUUCAUUCGUGUGGUUCCUCUGGCAUUUUAAUUUAACCCUCAGUUAAUUUAAUUAACUCAGACAUCAGCGCAAAGACUCUUCUGCUGUGUGAAGGCUGAGAGUCUGGGACUUGAACAGUAAUUGUUAGUGACAGUCACAAAGCCAUAGUGUGAUCUUCAGCAUGACACAACAGGGGACUCCUCUGAUUUUCAGGUCUUGAAGGCUUUCAUCCCUUCUGCUCAGAACAUGGAGUCCUCUCUCAGUUACUGCACCUGUCCCUGUAUCAUGCUAGAACUAGAAUAAGCCAAGUUGGAGAAGAAAAUCAUUCUCUGUUCGAACUCUUCUGUCAUCAGCAUUGUUUGAUUCUGGGUCUAAGCAGCAGAAGGUUGAUCGCAUCCCCGGGAGGCAGGAAGCUUGUUUAUUACAGCCAUGCCAAUUUACGUGGGACACUGGGCACAAUAAAGGUGGCAGUGACUCUUUUUUGAACCUUUGUCUGUAAAUCAGCUUUCUUUCCCUUUUCUUAGAGUGGAAAUGAAAUAAAACCUGAAAUCGUUUCAUUAAUUAUAAGGCUAGAUGGGCCUAUGGUGAUCAUCUAGUCUAACUUUCUGUAUAACACAGGCCACAGAACUUCCCUGAAUUAAUUCCUGUUUGUUCUAGAGCAGAUCUAGUUCAAAUAGUCUCAUUCCGUGCAUACCCCACCAUUCCCCAAGUGAGAGGCAAGCCAACUUCUUCUUUUCUCCUGUAACAGGCCUUGAAUUGCUAUGUCUGCUGUAUAACCGCUGUCUGUGUAAUGCAUCACCCAAUAAAACGCUUUUUGGAACA